GGAAAUAUCAAGUGAAUUUGCGCGUGAAUGCGAUGCCCCCCCGGGACAUGGGGCGUAACCUCUUGAAAUGCACCCUUUCCCUUUGUCCAUGUUUUCCUCUUUCUCUACAUCUCCAACUCUCUGCCUAGAUCGAGUCAAUAUGGCCUUUCUUUUGGCUCUCCUCGCUCUCCUCGUCGUCCCUGGCAUAGGCUACACGAUCCCCCAACCCAAAGAACCCGACAUCCAAGUUUCUCCCUUGAACACUUCUCUCUCUCUUCUUGCCCCUCGUGCGGGAACUAUGCUCCCGACCGACUUCUCGUGGAUUCACAGCUGGGCCGCAAUUGGCGACAGUUUCACGGCUGGUAUUGGCGCAGGUAAUCUCUACAGCAGCGACAAGAACGACCGCAAGUGUUCGCGGUAUGACCGGUCCUACCCUGCUCUUCUGGAACGCGAAUUUGGUCCCUCUGUCAAGCAAUUCAACUAUGCCGCUUGCAGCGGGGAUCGUACCCCUGGAAUCUGGGAGCAGGUGCUGGGACUGCAGGGGGAAAUGGAUUUGGUUGUUAUGACAGCGGGAGGCAAUGAUCUUUGUUUGGCGGACAUCAUCCUCACCUGCAUCUUUCUCCCCUUCCGAGGCGAAGGCAAAUGCCAGGACGUCCUCAACCAAGCUCAAAAGAAUAUCGACACGAUCCUCAAGCCUAACCUCCGGCAGGUUCUCCAGGCCCUCAACAACAAAGUGAGAAGAGACGGCAUCGUCGUGUACACGUUGUACGCGCAGUUCUUCGAUACAACGAGUAACAAGGAAUGCGUCGACAACCAGAACUGGGCGUUCCCUUCGUUCUGGCCCGCCGAGGUCCUCAAGCUGACUGUCGAGCGGCGCCAGAAGUUCAACACCCUCGUUCUGAAUAUCAACAAGGCCAUCCGGCAAGUCGUCGAUGAGUUCCGCAGCGACAGGAACAUCAAGUACCGUAUUAUCGCCGCGGACUGGGAUCCCUGGCCACGCAAGGGGGUUCUGGGACAGUUCUGCGUCCCUGGUACCACGGGCGAAUAUCCAGAUCCCAAGCAACCGAGCCUGCACUUCUUCCGUCCUGAUGUCCGUCGUCGUUCCUACGGCCAUGACGGUCUCAAGAAACGAGAUAACAGCUCCGAGGCUCUCCUGAGGCUUGAGUCUGCAGCAGGCCUGGAUAUCAUCCCCGUCGACCGAGAGGAUGACGGAGAAGAAGACACGGGAAUCUCCCCGCGCCCGCUCACACCAGCCGAACUCGAUGCCACCGUCCCCAACCUCUACGAUACGCUCCUUUACAAAAGCGCCAACCCGGCCGCGCUCAUCCUGCACGACCUCGACCCCCGGGAUCCCUCGCCAGGCCCCAGCCCGGCCCAAUGCCCCGGUGACAGUCGGUCGGACCGGACCUUCGGCUACGGGCUCCCAGACCGCUGGGGCAAAUUCUUCCACCCCAACGAGCUCGGCCACCAAACGAUGGCUUCGUUUGUCCUCGAAGCCGUGAUCGCGGAACGCGCGGCCUUGCUGGGCGCCAGCCACCCCAUCUGCGAAAGGACCGACGAGUUCCGGUGCUGGACCGGCGACGACGCGAACAAGCGGUAUGUGCACCCGGAUGUCCUCCUCCAAACUUACGUGGAGUAUUGCAAGCAAGUGCGGCCCCCCGAGAGCGGGUUCCGCGACUGGACGGACGAACGCACUUUCUACGAGGAUACCCCGGACGCCCACAAGUUCCGGAUUUCGCUCGCGGGGGGCGCCAAUCGCUAUGUCGAGGAGGAAUGUCUCGAUGCGUUCCGGACGAUCAUCGGGAGUUGCUCGCCUCUCCGCUACUGGGAGAACCCUAUGAACUUCAAGCUGGGCGGGCGCUACGUCAAGGGCGCGUAUACCUACGAGCUCUCCAUGGUGGGCAAAGAGCGGCCGUGGCCCGUGAUCCGCAAACCGUAUGGCAGCUGCAGGGGCUGGUACAAGGUCGCUUACACGAAGUACGAGAUUUACGGCGCCGGCUGGGCCGGCUGGGACCAUGGCCGGAAGACGCUGCUCCCGAGUACGAUUGGGUGUGUCGGGUUGGGGGUGACGAAGUUCAAGUUCCACUACUUGGACCAACCGGACAAGAAUGGCAUGGAGUGGAAGGCGACCUUUAACACGCCGAUCUUCACGCGGUCUCGAUGUUUCAAGAACAACAAGGUGGUCGAGGGGUGUGCUGGGUUUACGGAUGGGUGUGGAGGGAAUGAUGCUUAGUACGGAGUACAUAGAUACGAUUGAAUGCAGUCCAGAGGGUACUCUCA